AUGUUGUUCACGCGACUGCUCGUUGCGAUCAGUUCACUCCACUUGAGUUUCGGGCCACGAUCAUCUGAUUUAGAUUUUCUCGAAGUCUUUGCAGGUGAACAUGUUCUCUUCUCUGCGGCCAAGUUGUAUGGCCUCCGUGCCCAUGGCAUCGACGUAACCUACUCGAGGAAGCUUGAUCUGCUGACUGCUUUCGGCUUCUUAUUCUGCCUGCACAGUUCCUUCUUGAAGCUGGAUAUCAGCCGUGGCUAUACCGAUGCCCAGGGUCGCAACAAACGGGUUGGUGGCAGGGAUCUUACAGCCUCUGGUGUUUACCCAGGGAUGAUGGCCCUAAAAGUUGCCGAGCUUCUACAGAAUCACUUGGCAAAUGCACCAACUUCGUACGCUGUAGAUGAAAUGGACAUGGAGCUAUGUGAUACCGUGGAUGAUGAGUCGGAUUCCGGCCUCGAGGACUUGGUCGGUGCUGAUCGGAUCACCAGUGCAGGGCAGAGUUCGUAG